AUGGAUCCUCGUGUUGAGGUGCUACCGCUUUUCGCUGGUAGCCCUAAACGCUCGGCAUCGACGCGGAAUGUCAAAGGCGUUGGCACUGACGGCAGUCCCUUGCAGCGAUCAGAGACGAUGAAGCACAGUCCAACGGGAGUGCAUGCUCGCGCCGAUCUCAGGAGCCCUCCCGCUCGACCACCUCGUGCUCACUCUCGGUCGCGACCCACUUCUCCGACGCCUAGCAGCUCAGCAUCGGCAGCUGCUGUCCCCUCCUCAACCCCAAAGAUGCAGCGAACUCAAAGAAGAUCUUUAAGCGAGCAACGACAUCGUAAACAAGAUUCUCAAGAUUACGUGGACGCGUUGGAAGGCCCGCUUGACCAUUCUUCUUGGAGCGAGCGAACUUCCCUCGAACGACCCAGCAGUGAGCUUGAAGGGCCUCUGGCAACCGUGCCGCUCGGCAGCAUAGUUCAACACGACCCCGCACAGAGUAGCGCAAUGCUGCUAUCUCACAGAUUCGGCCAGGUGUUCAACGAUCCACUUGAUCAAUAUACUCCUGCCGCGUCGUCCCACUCUCCUGAUGUGGCGGUACAAGCGACCACACCAUGCCAGCUUGUCCGGCAGCAGAUCUCGCCAGAGGCUCUGCGAGCUCAUCGAGGUCGAACGCGUCGCAGAGAUGCGAGUAAGAGUCUGCAAAUAUCCACCAAUGCUCUCUCGACUGCGUCCGAGUCGCCCCUCGCCAUUGCUUUCUCGCCAGACUCGCCACGGUCAGUCUUGCGCGCCUCCCAGUGGUUUUCCAGCGACUCUGAUGCGGGAUCCAACCGAUUCUCUCGAAGUUCCAAUUGGACCGAUAAGAGCAGCAUGAGCAUCACACCGCCCAGCGAUACGAUUUCCAGUAGUCGUACCACGUCUGCAUGCACCGACCUGAUAUGCGCAGAGAGCGACUUGGUGGCCUCUACAGCGCAGCCUUCGCCGACCUGCGAAGUCAGCCCGGCGAGCCACGGUGGAUUCGAAAAGACCACUUUGGAUGCCCUGACUGCUGGGCUCGGUCUUCAAAUCGCACCACACCGCUCGCCGCCAACUCUGCCUGGUCAGCCCGAUGGCGUGUUAAUACCUUCGCCGGGGAGAGGAGACGCCUUGAGAGAACAAAGCCCGCAGACACGCCUCCAUCACCACACAAGCCCAUCACUGCGGCACGCGUGUGCUCUUCCGCCUCCGCAAGGUCCGUUGCCGCCUCUCCCGGUUCCUGCUCGUCUGACACGGCCAAACUUGUUGCGCAUGCAGUCCGACACAGGCCCGACCACUACGAGUAUGAAGCUUUCCCAAGUCACCGGUUCGCAUUCGAUUGGCCUCUCACGACCCGACAGAGUCACAGCGCCGUACGCUAGAGUCUUUUCGGCAGGAGCUCAGCCUCUAGAAGCUGUCCCUGCUUCUCCUACAUUGUCUAACUCGUCUUCUCGAAAAAUUCGCACCUCCAAAGCUCUCAAUGGGCUGGAGCUCAACAGGCACCUGGGCGAGCUAGAGACUCUCAAACGCUCGGAUUCGUACACAUCUCAAACCCGUCACAAGCACACUGCAUCUACUUCGACUUGCGGUGGAUCUUAUGAAGCUUCUGACGACGGUUUUGCCGUCGACCGUCAACCGCGACGCCGCGGCAAAAGCUCAACCAGAGCGCCACUUUCUGCGGGACCUUUUCCGAGGGAGCGAACGAGCUCUCUGCAGCAGCGCGUUCCCUCUCGCCUGCAGACCAGCAGCUCUGCAGCUGAGUUGAGGACUCCCGCUCAACCGAGAGUCGCGACGACUCUGAACAGACAAUGUUCACCCAGACCCAACACGAGCAGUGGCGUCACCAUCGAGAAGCCCCUUGAGAAAGUGCACGGCUGGCUUCAAGAGCCUCUCGAGGAUGUGCCCAGUGCAAACUCUACACGCGCAAAAGACGAGGGCCAUGCGGACUGUCUUAGACCUAGCACAAGCAUGGGAAUCGCUUCGCCCCGAAGCUUCCAGCAAUCCACGUCUCCUACAUUUGCCAACGAUGACACCUCCACCAUUCGCUCCAGCCGCGGCUUGGGCUCACCGCAGCCUGCUCACAGGCCGAGCACCAGUAGCAGCUUGCAAACGCGGCUGGUCUCUCCCUGCGAGAUGCUCGCAAGAGAACCGAGUGAUUACGGAAGAAAUUCGCCAGACAGCUCUUCACGCUUGACGCCGUCCAUAUCGUCCACGUUGCGACGAUGGCGCUCGAAUUCUGCAGCGUCGUCUGCGUCCACAAAGCGCGCAGCUGAUGCUAAAGCCCAGCAUGCAGAAAAUUCCGCCCAGUCGCAGGAAGCGCACAACAUCGUCGUGGACAAUGCUCGGAUGAGGACAGCUGAACUCAGCCUCGCGGCUCGUCCUGCCACGUCACCGCACGCGCACUCGCCUCCUAGCUUCUACCAAGCACCUGUAUCAGUGCUCAAUGCUCCCAUGGUGGAAACACCUCUUCCGGCAGUCGAGCAGCUCAUCGCGCAAGAUGUCUCUUCGGUGGAUUUGAGAGGUUGUCAAAACAUGGCACUGCCUGACUGGCUCAAGAUUUCUCUGCCCUACAUAUCCAGCACGUUGAUGUGAGUACACGUGGCCGCCAAGCGCAAGGUAGGCCGCUGAAUUAAUGACCGUUGCCUCCUCCUUGCACUCCACCAGCGAUCUCGACAUCUCUUCAGCCGGUCUGUGGGAGCUUCCCGCUGCCAUGUCAAUGUGCAGCUCCCUUCAAACUCUCAACAUCUCGAGGAACAAUUUUGGUAGGAUCCCCACGAUCGUCGGGGACUUGCAAGCUCUCACCACUCUGAUCGCCGACGGAGUUGGUGCGAAUCAUUUGCCAGAGGCUCUAGGUGGACUCAAAGACCUGAAGAGCUUGAGUGUCGCAGACAACGAAUUGUCGCAUUUGCCCUCUUGGAUGCAUACCAUGAAGCUGGAGCGUCUCUGUAUCGAUGGCAAUCCAAUGCAGCCAAAUUGGGUGCGCAUCGUAACGCCAUUGUUAUCGCAUGGUGCUUCGCUUCGUACACAACGACCACCCUCGCUGCAUACGAGCUCGACAUCCACGUUCAAGGAGGGGCUUUUCAAGAAUAGAGUGACAGGACUCGUCUCGUCGGAGGAUCUCAGUGGACCGCAUUCAGCUCCCAUCUCUCGUGAUGGUCCGGUAUUGCCAAUCGUGGCCGCACCGCUUGGUCCGCCUUCUCCUGCGUCAGCAAACGCGGCAUCUUUCAAUAGCCAAUCUUGGCGCGGAAGGACGUCGACCAAGGUUGGAAGCUUGAGCGAAAAAGCUCCGCUCCUCACGCCCUCCUCUGCUCCAGCGCGGAGUAUGAGCUCGACGAAUGACUCGCACACGGAAAUCGCUCCGCCCCUCACAUCUGCGCGCAGGCCGAGCGUGGGCAACGGCCUUAGCACCCUCCUUCGACGCGUCGGCCGCAAGCAAUCCAAUGCUGGUUUGCAGGGAUCGCCGUUGCUCGAUGAGCCACCGCCAAUGCCAAUACAGAUUCCGCAGCUUCCUCCCUCUAUACAAGGAGUUCUGCCCAGUCCAACCCUGCUAUCGCCAGAGAUGGAGCAUAGCCUCUCUAACAUCGCCACCGACGCUCAUGAGAGCGAGACCGCAAUCCUCGAAAAGCGAGAGCAAUGGCGCCAGGUAUCACCUGAUCAUUCGAGGCGCAUUCGUGCUCUGAUGCACUACCUGAAAGACCUGCACGACCUUUCGGGAAUGUCGAGUCGCAUCCUUGAUGCCGGCGGAUCGAGUCCGCUUGAAGACCCGCCUGUAGCAGAUUUGCCCCGCCAGACUUUUACUCAGUUACAUUCGCGCGGCGACAACAGUCCAAAGAGCGCCGCAUCUGAUGAAGCGGCUUCCACGCUACUGGUCAAAGAUGACUCUGUAAGGCGUGCGCGCAUCUUGCAGGAGAUCUUGUCCACCGAAGAGACUUAUGCGCGUCAGUUGCAGGAGCUCGUAGAUCUCUACGUUGCACCCAUGAGAGCUUUCGAUCAAAACGGAGUGCCUCUGGUCCCGCCUUUGGAGCACGGGCUAAUUUUCAUGAACGUGGAGAGCAUUUCUCAGCUGCACCGUUCGCUUGUGCCAUCCCUUCGGGCUGCUGUCGAACCGUUGCUCGGCACGAACGCUCAGCCGAAUGCGUCGCACGACGCUGACCUUACAGCAGCUGCGGCUCAAAGCGUAGCACAGACUUUCCUUUCGCAUGCUGCAUUCAUGAAGAUGUACAGGCAGUGAGUGCAGGCAGGGCAUCUGUGUCUUUGACGAACGUCACGCUGAUUGGUGAGCGUCCCUUUUUCUGCUUGCUGCAGGUACGUCAAUGGUCUAGAUGGCGCUCAGGCCAGGGUUGCGGCCUGGCUACAGUCCAUGCCGACAGUGGCAACAUCAGGACGAGGAUCGACGCCGAGGCCCUCUACCGCAUCGGAAGCGACGCCGAGCGCGCUUGCGCGCAAGCAGGUCAAGCGCGUACGAAGUUUCUUGCAGCAUGCCAAGGCAGAUCAGCGCCACACUCAGAUCAAUCUCGAGUCUUACCUCUUGUUGCCGGUGCAGCGAUUGCCGCGCUAUCGCUUGCUGCUGGAGGAUCUGGUCCGAUACACGCCUGCUCAUCGCGUGCAGCACGGUGCGAACGGCUUCAAUCCCAUGGUCGCGGCUCUCGAAGCUAUCACGGAGCUCGCGCAUGGCGUCAACGAAGCCAAGCGACAGAACGAGCAAGAUCAACGCUUGUUGGCUUGGCAGGCGCGUGCUGUAGGUCGAUGGCCUAACCCUCUGGUACUCCCUCACCGCCGUCUGCUUCGAGAUGGUCCCGUCACUCUGACGCGCGUCGUGAAGCGCAAAGCGUCAGUCGCCGUACCUGCACAGAUGUUUGCCAAUGUGGAUGAGAAGGAUUUCUUUUCGGACGGUGCGAUCGGCCGGACAAGGACACCAGGAGCAGACUUGAUCGAGAUUUUUGCGCUCCAACAGCAGCUCUUUGCCAAGGCUCUUCAGCUCAUUCUUUGCAACGAUUUGCUGGUUGCAGUGGCGGAGACUUGCACGAGCAAAGAGUCGCCUGCACCCAUUGAGCUGUACAGCGAGAUCCAACCGCUCGUGCCAGUCAAAGUGACGGGCCAAAGCACCAUCAGAGUGGUGGGAAAGCUUUGCAUACUUUAUUUGGAUUGCGGCAAGGCAGCAGACGCCCGUGCGUGGUGCAGCAUCAUCAACAACGCCUUGUCCCUGAGCGAAUAA